CUUUUUCCGGAACAGUGCUCGCAAGGAUCCGCAGGAAGGGUAUAAGACACUUGUGGAAGGCACGCCAGUGUACAUGCAUCCUUCUUCUGCGCUGUUCGGGAAAGCAGCAGAGCAUGUCAUCUAUCACUCGCUGGUGGAGACGACGAGAGAGUAUAUGCAUAAUGUUACCGCGAUCGAGCCAAAGUGGCUGGUUGAGGCCGCCCCGACAUUCUUCAAGGUGGCGGGUAGAGAUGGCAUGAUGAGUAAAAGGAAGAGAGAAGAGAGGAUACAGCCGCUGCAUAAUCGCUUCCAGGGUGAAGAUGAGUGGAGACUCAGCGCGCAGAGGAGGCAGGGUAGGGGUGGUGGAGGCACUUGGGGUUAAUCCUCGAAACGCGGCUGCGAUGGUUUAUUCACACUACAGCAUCGCGUGCGGAGUGAAUUGCGCCGCUUCCGAAUUAGGUGCUAGCUUUAGCUUCAUCCUGGCAUGUCUUGUUAGGAGCUUCACAUUCACUGGCAGUGGAGGUGUUACUGGCUCUGGUGAACCUGCCGCAGCGAAGUUGUCCGGGAAGACACUGUCAUGCAGACUCAGCAACAGUACAAGCAUCAUCGCUUCCGACAUGACGGCACGUCGGGCCUAUUUUACCCACCUGAAUGAACACUUCGAGAGGUAUAGCUUGAACGACAGUGCCCAAAUCAUCAACCAAGCCGGAGGACUCAUGACCUUAGCCAGUCCCCUGCAUCUCCGCCGCAGCACAGAUAACCACUCAACAACGAGCCCAGAAGGCGGGCCUACCGUGAUUGACCGCGAUGACGCCGUCACGGAACGAAUGCAUCAGAUCCUCGCAUCCCUUGUGGAGAUUACGCAAGACUCGCAUCCCCACCUCUCGAACCAAUACACGAUAGACACUUUCAUGUUACUGCUACAGACGUAUGACCGCGAGCCUGACCAUCCGCCGUCCUACGCCGCGCUAUUCCCAACACGAAAACGCAAGGCCGACGAACACGAUUUGAAUCCAUCCACCUCCGUCAAGUCCAAACGUAUCCGCCACUCACGGUCUCAGACCGCCGCCAAACGUCUGCUAGUCGUACUCCGUAUACCGCCUACACUCGAACAGCUGCAUCACCGAUGGCAGCGGACGCAGAACAGAUUCCAAACGGAGCGCGCACUCCUUCCUCCAUCGCGAUACGAAUUCUUUGCGACGUUAUUACACCGCAUCCACCACGAGAUCGCGUGCAAGCUUGCCAACUCAGGUGCUUCGGGCUACACUCGUCAGGAGCUGGAUGUGCGACUCAAGAACCUCGACGUCUUCCUCGACUGGGCGGUUCUGCAUGGUAUAGAGCUGGGCUAUGACUAUGACUGGAUGUGGACUGAGCCGCGUAUGCCUGCGGUAUCGCCAUCUGAAGAGCAUGGCUUACCGUCAAGCGCGGAGGAGGCGCCUCUUCCAUCUUCUAACGAGCACGGCUUACCCCCGUUUGCGGAGAUGGAGCUUUCACCCACUGAUGAGAACGACCCUCCUUCGACUGCGGAGGCGCAUCUUUCACCGUCGGGUAAAGCUGACGGACCUUCAACCGCAGACGCGGAUCUUUCGGAUUCUAGCUGGGAAGAGAUGGAGUUCGAGCUGGUAGAGAUCUCCGGCGGAAUUGCGUUAUGUGUCGCUUGUUUGUUCGCCUUGGCGUACUUACUGGCGAGUCGGUGCACACCGUGGGCUGAAUGAACGAGGGAUGGAGGGCAUGGGCGCUUCAC